CCUUUCUCCUUCCUCCUUCCUCCUUCCUCUUCUCUUGCUUUUACGACCCUCCUAAAUGCAGGGGUUUGCGCUUUCUCUUUCUCCUUCUUCAACCUCAUUUCUAAAACCUUUUAACAAAAUCACAAAUCCCAGAUUUUGUCCAACUUUGACUACACCUUCUUUGAUUAAACCAGUUGAUCACCAUGGUGUUGUUCAUGGAGUUUCAUGUGUUGGAACCUCACAUUUUGGUUCUUUUACUAGAAUCUCUUCUUCUUUUGUUUGUUUAAGUCAAAGGUUUGAUAGUUUAAAGGUCAGGGCAACCUCUGAUCCUGAGAGUGUAGAUGAGGCCCCUAAAUCAAAAGCUUUACGCAUUUUGCAGCUUGGAGGCAUGUUCGCACUUUGGUAUAUUUUGAACGUCUACUUCAAUAUUUUCAACAAACAGCUACUUAAAGCAUAUCCAUAUCCAACCACUAUUACAGCAUUCCAAUUCGGCUGUGGGACUCUGAUGAUUAUUCUAAUGUGGACAUUUAAUCUCCACGCCCAUCCAAAGUUAACUCGGUCACAGUUUGCAGCAAUCUUCCCACUGGCUGUGGCACACACUAUGGGAAAUCUUUUGACCAAUAUUAGUCUUGGGAAAGUUAAUGUUUCAUUCACUCACACAAUCAAAGCUAUGGAACCCUUUUUCACUGUCUUAUUUGCUUCCCUUUUUCUUGGAGAGAAACCGAGUUUCUGGAUAGUUUCUUCUCUUUUACCGAUUGUAGUCGGAGUGGCACUAGCAUCAUUCACCGAUGCUUCUUUUAAUUGGACUGGUUUCUGUAGUGCAAUGGCUUCCAAUGUGACCAACCAAUCACGUAACGUACUAAGCAAAAAGUUCAUGGUCAGGAUAGAGGAAACUUUGGACAACGUCAAUCUCUUCUCUGUAAUAACUAUUUUAUCUUUUAUCCUGUUGGUUCCUGCUGCUAUAUUCUUGGAAGGCAUCAAGUUUACCCCUUCAUACCUGCAAUCUGCUGCAAGUCAAGGUUUAAACAUAAGAGAGCUAUGCUUGAAAUCGCUAUUGACAGGACUCUGCUUCCAUAGUUAUCAGCAGGUUUCGUACAUGAUAUUGCAGAUGGUAUCACCAGUGACACAUUCAGUAGGAAAUUGUGCAAAGCGUGUUGUGGUGAUUGUCUCCUCUGUUAUAUUUUUCCGAAUACCAGUUUCACCCAUUAAUACUCUUGGAACCGCAUUGGCUCUUGCUGGGGUCUUCUUGUAUUCGAGAGUCAAGCGAAUGAAGCCAAAGCCAAAUACUGCAUAGCUCGUUUGACACUAGUAUUCUCUGAUUACAGAAAGUUUG